UUGCAUUAUUUUCAAAGAAAUUUAAGGGGCAAAUGAUAUACCUCUAAGGCUCUAAAGCCCGGAAAAUGACUUCUAAUAUCUCCCCACCUCUGGAAUAGGUUUCCAAGCAAAAAGUGAUCACCUUCCUGAAAUAGGACAAGGAUUAACCAAAUGAUGGGCACAAGGAUUAACCUGCACAAGGAUUAACAUGGUAUAUAUCGGCCAAUAUGUAUAUCUCGAUAACAUACAUCUGAACAUUUCUUUUCAGCCAAGCUCUGAGUUUCUUAUCUCUUCUUCUUAGUUUCUUAUCUAUUCUUGGAUUGCAUAUCAAUUAUAACAUGGUAUCGGAGCCCUGUUAUUAAAUCCAUAUUGUUUCUAAUUAAAUUUCUAAAUAGCUAGCCUCUGUUUUUCUUCCUUAUCAAAUACGAAUGAAGUAUUUACCAAUUCCAUAGCAAAUUCUCUCUUCAUGAAUCGACUGAAUACACACCGGCAAUACGAAGCACUUAUUUAAGGUCACCUUCCGCUUCACCGAUUGGAAAACACAACGCCUUAAGGUUUGACAGUCUAAUAUGUCGCUCUCUUCUACGUUUCAGUCUCGUCCAAUUUCUGUGGUUCUUGAUGGUUCCAAUUAUGUCCUAUGGAAUCAUCACAUGACAAUUCAUGUGAAAUCUCUUGGUCUCUUCGGUUAUAUCUCUGGACUUGUGAAAGCUCCUGUCAAAGGUACUAACGGAGAGGAUAAGGACUUUGCUAAUGCAAUGAACGAUUGGGAUAUGCAGAACGCUAAAAUCAUUGGCUUCAUCAAUGGCUCAACUAUUACAGAAAUCCACAAUCAGCUCAUUGGAUAUUCUACUGCAAAGGAAGUUUGGGAUUUCAUAGCUAGGCGUUUUACUGCAUCAGGUCUUGCCCAUCAAUAUCAGCUUUGGUCUUCUUUUCAGCGCAAGCGACAGUUGGCUGACCAGUCUAUCAGUUCAUACGUGGCUGAGAUGAAAGUUAUCCAGGAUCAACUUAAUAUGGGCACUCCACAUAUCUUUGAUGAUACGGCUGAUAAGUUUCGUGCCUAUUUUUCUCAGCUUCACCUGAUUACUCUCUUAAUGGGACUUAUUGACAAGUUUGAGAGUGUGAGAGCCUCAUUACUUCAUCGACAACCUCUUCCCAUAUAUGAUGAUUCCAUAGCGGAAUUACUUAGUGAGGAGACUAGACUCCAGUCUCACAUAGUUCAGUCUGCUGAUGUUGUGUUACAUGUUGAUACUGAAAGGCAAAAUCAUGGCAAACAUUCCGAUAACUGGUCUAGUGGACGUACUGCUACAGAGUGCACCUUUUGUCAUUCAAAGAAUCACUUGCUACUCAAUUGUCCAGUUAGACAUUGUCGUGUCUGUCGUCAGAAAAAUCCAAGGCACUAUGCAUCCGAUUGCCCUCAGAAUUUUAGGGGUGGCAACUCUCAGAGGAGAUUCACUUCGAGACCACUAGUAGGAACUGUUAUCAGUGAUACAACCAGACAAGAACCGCCUUCAUCCAAUGCUACACGCUCCACUACAAACAUUAAUCUCAUAGAGCCCACUACAAACAUUAAUCUCAUAGAGCUAGUUAGACGCAAUCAAGAACUUAUGGAGCACCUAAUGUCAGGUUCUCUCAGUACCAAUGGUCUUUCAUCCUCAUCAGGUAAUAUGUGGCUUUUUUACACUGGCUGCUGUAACCACAUGUCACCUCGAUCUGAUGUGUUCUUAUCGAACACUUCAUCACAGAUUUUUCCUUCCGUUUGCACAGCUGAUGGCACAUGCCUGCCAGUGUCCUUCUGUGGGACUGUAUCCACUUCUAAUUUUUUCUUGCCAAAUACAUUACAUGUUCCUGGCCUAUCUAUAAACCUCAUUUCUAUUAGCCAACUUUGUGAUUCUGGCCUAACUAUUAUCUUUUCUACUUCUGGUUGUCUUGUGCAGGAUCUAAAGACCAAGGACAUCCUUGGAGUCGGCCGUAAAACUAGUCGAAUGUUUGAGAAAGAGCAUGAUAAAAUCAGGGAACUUUCUCAACAUCUGGCAGCUGAAAAGAAGCGGUCAGCAACUUACAAAAGACACCUGGAAAUGCUAUUUGAGCAUAUUGAGGAGCACAACCAAUCCCUAUCAAAGAGAACCCAAGAUUUCUUGGCCAAUGUAAGGGAGGUGGAGAGUAGAGACCAGCAGAAUCAUAGAUAGCUAGGCGUUAUCCUGCCCACACUCCAAAUAGGGAAAGAAGUGGUCUCAAGAAUGCUAUUCAGGUGAAACAAACAUCACAAGUUUAGUGUCUUCUUGGUAUAAACUGUUUUUUUAUUUAUUUACUCCAUAUAUGAUUUAGGAAGAAAAUCAAAUGUUAAACUCCUCCAAUGUCCCUUUCUGUUUCAUCUUGUAUGUAAAAAAAUAUCCUUGUAGUGUAGCAAUCAAAGUUCACAGGAACAGGCCACCAUAUGUAAUGAAAUUUGGAUCUUUCAUGAGAAUGAAAUCUUUAAUCUCU